UCGUAACUCUACGCAGCUGUGACAUCAUUAGUACGUCAGCUACGGGACGGACACGCUGCAAGUAAGCAACAUCGUUGAGGUACGACAUGAGAUAAAGAUGGCUAAAGUCACGACGGACUCCUCUGCGGAUGAUGAGGAUGACAUUUUGGACUCAGAAAUUAUUUGUUUGAUGAGAGUCGGGAGGAAUUCAGACUGGCUUCGCUUGGUAGAAAACACAGAGGUUUCUAUUGGCCGUGGUUUUGACGUGACCUACCAACUCUUGUCUUCAAGUUACCCUUUAAUGAUUUCUAGGCUGCACUGCACAUUUUCUCAAAGAGAGGAUGGACACUGGACAGUGACAGACAAGGAGAGUCUGAAUGGUGUGUGGGUGAAUGGGAUCCGCAUACCCACUCAAGAAGCCCACCUGCUUCAGCUUGGCGAUUCUAUACAUCUUGGCGUUCCUGUCAUGGGGUCCAAAGUAGAGUUUGACUACAUCCUUGUGCAGCGACCCUUCAGAGAAAUUCAGCACCACUUGGCAAACAGACAGAAAGAGCCCGCAAAAGUGGUGAACAUACCUAAGAAAUACAAGAGAAAACUCACUGAAGAAGAAGUGGAGCCAUCAACCUCAAAGGCCAAAUUGUACCGCUGCUCAUAUCCGGACAAGUCGUUGGCACGGCCAUGCCCUCUGCCACAAGGCAGGCGCUACCAGCGCUGCAGUUGCCCUCAGUUGGAGGAGGCCACUCCCAAGCUAUAUGUGGAAGAGGCGGACCGGGACUGCAGUGGCUUAGAUGUCCCCUGCGACCUGGACAACUUGAAGAUGUACAGCCACAACAUUUUGAUGCUCAGGGAGCAGGUGGACAACACGCAGAGGCAGGUCGCCUCGCUGGAAGGUGAACCCCAAUUGGGCGACCCGUUCAGGGAGGAGCAGAUCAACCAGCUACAGUGGCAGCUGAAGACCCUACGAAGCAAGAUGCAGAAAAUGGAGAUGUUUGAGAGGUCCUUCAGUCAAGCUAAGAGGCAACAGGAGAAAACACAGCAGCAGAAGGAGCUGAUGGAAAAACAGUUGGAAGAUGCCUUGCAAGAGCAGAGAAAAGUAAUGGAUGAACUUGCACUUUCUCGGACAAGGUUCGAGGAGAUUCUGUUGGCCAAAAACAAAGAGCUCGAAGUGACUAAGGAGGAAAAGGAAAAGGCGAGGGCCCAGAAGGAGGAAGUUGUCACACAAGUGACAGAGGUUCUGGAAAACGAGCUUCAGUGCAUUAUCUGCUCUGAGCUGUUCAUUGAGGCUGUCAUCCUGAACUGUGGUCAUAGCUUCUGUUGCCAUUGCAUCAAGGAGUGGCGCAAAAAGAAAGAGGAGUGCCCCAUCUGCCGACAGGCCAUCAAGUCCCAGACGCGAUGUCUUGCACUGGACAACUGCAUCGACAGCAUGGUGGAGAACCUCAGUUUGGAUAUGAAGGCCAGGCGGCAGUCGCUCAUCUCUGAGCGGAAAGGAGAGAUUUCGCCAGCAGCUGGCCCUGAACAUGUGAUUGUGAUACAAGAUGAGGGGAGCAGCAGCAGCAGCGAUAGCACUAGCGAUGGCGGCAGCUCUCACAACUCUAUGGAGACCCACGACAGGACCGAUUGGACCUCCAGUCCUCAUAACAGCACUUCCUCUCAUCAUGUGUUUGAAAUCCAGGAUGAGAGCAGCACCACCAUCAGCAGCAGAAGUAGCAGUUGUGAAAGUGACAGCGAUAGCAGCUCUUCUGAAGAUACUCCAAACAGCUCCCAAUGGGCCUCCAGAUCGCUUCGCAGCGGUUUCCGUUACAUGACACUUUUCCGGAUGCUCUUAUGGCUAAGAGUUGAUGGGCAGUACACACUUUGUCGUUGUACUACACGGGUUUGAGGACCAUCUAUCGUGAUGAGAACAGCGAUUAACAGCCGGUGUCCAUAACAACAGCCUCAGCUCUGUGGACACCUGCAACUGGACUUGUUCGGAUUCCUGUUUCGUAAUAGUUAUUCCUAUUGUUGAUGCAUUUCAUGUUAAGAGCUGUGUUUCUAAAAAAUGUUUUCCAACUAAAUCAAUAAAAA